UCUCCCAACCAAGCCAUGGCCUCACCAACACUCCUAACUCCCACCUCUAAACUCAAAUCACUCGUUCCCAUCAAGCCACCAAAACCACCACCUCCACCGCCACCGCCACUGCCUCCACAACCUCAGUCCCACAAGCUCCGCCGCGAAUUCUUAUCUAUCGCGGCGGCGACUCUUUCGUCGCCAGCAUGGCUCUUCCCACUAACACCAGCAGCCCUCGCUGCUUCGGACGAAGAGUACGUUAAAGAGACCGAGGAGGUGAUCCAGAAGGUCAAGAGCACCAUCAGCAUGGACAAGAACGACCCCAAUGUGGCCACCGCAGUUGCCGAGCUCAGAGAAACGUCUAACUCGUGGGUGGCGAAGUACAGGAGGGAGAAAAAUCUGCUGGCUAGGGUUUCAUUCAGAGACAUGUACUCGGCGAUCAAUGCCGUUUCGGGACACUAUGUUAGUUUCGGGCCAACGGCUCCGAUUCCGGCCAAGAGAAAGGCGAGGAUCUUGGAAGAGGUCGAAACUGCAGAGAAAAACCUAUUAAGGGGUAGAUAGAUAAUCGAUCGAUUGAGAAAAAAAAAAGGAUUACUCUGUAAAUUUAAGUACUCAUGGAGAGCGCCAGAGGAAUUUUUUUUUUCCUUCUGUUUUUUUUAUCCUGUCUAUUAUUUACCUUGAUGUUUUAUUUGAAUUUUUGUUUGUGA